AUGAAUUCCUUUGGAACACAAUUUAAUUAGUAAAAUAAAGGGUCAAUGCAGAGGCCAUUUAGCGCUGUUUACCCGCAAGGCAUAUAAAGCAAUAUAGAAAAUGUUGAUGUACAAACAAGAAAUCCAAUAAAUAGCUAAUAUUUUAAUAGCUAAGGAGAUACUUUAUAGAGACAUUAGUCAGCUCACACUCUUAAUAAAAAUAGAUCUUUAAGGCCUUCAAGUAGUACUACAAAUAAAUUUAUGCAAAUGCCUUCAUCACCUUAAGAAAUGCAAAAACCUAUGUUCAAUGGUUCUUAAUCAGUUAAAAAUUUUCAUUAGCCAUAAAUAGCUGAUGCAUUUGAUCCGAAUAUAGCUGGUGUACCUUUAUUAAGACCACCUUCAGCAGAAGACCUUAAAAUAGUAGCUCCAAAAAAUAUAAAAAAAGAUAAAGAAAAAUUAUGGGAAGAAAACAUGUAAAUUAAAUAUAUGUGGAGUUAAGUAUAAAAAGAGAAUAUUGAACUUAAAACAAAGAACAUGACAUUAAUGAGAGAAAAUUAAAAGCUUUAUAAGCUUUUGGGAGAUGUAGAAACAUAUUUAGAUUAAAAAAAUGGUAAAAGUGGUACAAGAGAGAACUUGCUAAUCGUCAAUCUUAAGAAAUAAGUUCAAGACUUAAAACUUCAACUAAACUAGGCAAAUACAGAAAUUUAGAAAUUUAAAAGAGAUUAUAAGCUAAAUAAUUUAAAAGAAUUACAAAUUGAACUUGAUUAAACAAAAUAGGAAUGCAUUAGACUAAAGACAUUAUUUGAUUAAUCUAUUAGGGACUAUGCAGAACUAUUAUCGUUUAAAGAUUUAACAGAUGCUGAUAAAUAUAUGUAAAUGCAAUUCUCUAUGGUGAACAAAAUAAAAUAAGAAAACGAGGAGUAGAAAAGAAACUUUGAGGACCAAGAAAGAACUUUGCUCGACAAGGAAGCCAAAAGAGUUGAAGUUACUAAAGAACUUUAAGAAGCCAAUAAAAAAUUAGCAACCAAAGAAGAAAAGCUCUAAUAAUUAACUGAAAAAGUAAAAUGGUAAGAUGCAGAAAUAAAGAGGUUGGCAGAUAUAAACACUAAAUUAGAAAAGGAAGCUUAAAAAAUUAAUGAAGAAGAUAAAAAGCUAAAGCAGGCAAUUGAUAAAAUAAAAAUGCUUGAUAAUAAAUUAUCUGAAAAAGAAGAUGAGCUAAAAAAAUAGCAAAAAAGUGCUGUAAAAGCUAUAAAGGAUGCAACAGAAAAAUUAGCUGCAGAGAGCAAAGAAAAAUAAAAACUUUAAGAAUAAUAUAAUAAGUUAAAAGAAGAAUUAGAUGCAAAUAAAAUAAAAAUGAAUGCACAGCUCGAAGAAAGAAAUAGAAUCAACCUGUAGCAUCAAAGAGAAUUAAAUCAAAGCAAUGGUGAUAUAAUGAGUAUUCCUUAUGCUUAUCAAAACCAAGCAAAUGAAAUAAAAGACAUAAAUAAAAAAGUAGAUCAAAGCAAACCUUAACAUACAAAAAGAUUACCAACUGUUAAAUUUGAAGAGGUAGAAAAAAUAGGUAAAGAAUUAAAUUUAAGGUGUUCUCUAAAGUAUAGAAACUUAGAUGAAGUCAUCAAAGAAUUUUUAUCUAAAUUAGAAACUUAAUCGAAUUAUAUAACUAUAUCAGAAACAGUUGUUAAGCUUCAGCAGAGCCCUUUUAAUAUUUAAAAAACAGAAAUUGCUUUGCUAGUAGCAAGGUAUUUAAUAGAGAAUAAUAAUUAAAAUGAUUAUGUUGACUUUCAUUAGGAUUAAAGUACCAAUAUUUAAGUUUUCAGAAGCACUCUUAGAAAUUUGAUAAAGGAACUAAGAUACUUUGAAAAGGAAGAGAAGGAAAAAUUGGAUGAUGAAGUUACAAAGAUUAUAAACUAGUUUUACUAGACCAUCAAGCAAGGUUUAGAGUAAGAACCUCAUGUCAAAGAUAAAGAAAGAUUUACAAUUGAAUAGUUUGAAAAAGUUAACUAACAGUUACUAGAUCCUCCUAUGACUAAAGAUUAAAAAGAUUAUUUCUUCUUGAAACUCUUUGAAAAGGCCUAGACUGUAGAAUCAUUCAAGAUAUCUGAUAUUUAUGAGUCAUUUAGAAAGAUAGAUUUAAAUAAAAACACAAUUCAAAAAAUCAGUAAAUACAAAGCACAGAGUAAAAAUAACAAACCGAUGGACAACUUUUAAAUGAGUUGA